AUGUCCUCUUCGGCCGUGAAGGCCCCUCCCAAGCUGGACUCCAAGGCUGGUACACCUACCAAGGCCCGCAAAAGCUCCGACUCCAGCGUAGCCUCCAAGCCCAGCACUACUGCCCAGUCAAGCGCCAAGACUCUCAAGAAACCAACACCCCGCAAGCUCUCCCAUAAAGCCCCUAAACCCAUUGAGAAUGAUGUAGAAGAGCAAUCGAUCCCCGAAACGCCCUCUCCCAAGCAGAAAAAGAGAUCCGAGCAGCGUCGCCCUGUUUCUUCUGCCGAUGAUGCCUCCGUCCCCCCUCCACUUCUGGCUCUGCAGAGCCCCUCGGCCGCGCCGCCUCCGCACACAACCUCGGACACAGCAAAUCAAGGUUCAGAGACCGUUCAAAAUGGCACGAAGGAUGCCACUCAUAAUCUUCCCAUGCCCUUGGACCUUUCUGCGCUGAAGGGCCUCGAGGUAGCCGAGGGUGGAGAGAUCCUUGGACAGGAUGGAAACCCCAUUGGAAAGGUUGUCGAGGGAGCUCCUGAGGAUCUUAUUGGGCAGACUGUUGGCGAUGACGGAGAGAUUAUCGACCAAGAAGGUGAUCUGAUUGGCCGUGUUGAUAUCCUAUACGAUGUCGCGGAUCAGGCUAAGGAUGCUGUUCCCGAAGAGGCGCAGUCCAAGCUUAGAGAUAUCGAUUUGGAGAAUGUUGUCACAGAUCUUGCUCAGCUUGAUGGGCUGCCUGUGUCUGAUGGUGGUGUUAUCAAGAACGCUGCUGGUCAGAUCGUUGGCCGCAUUGUUGAGGGUGAUCCAGAAGAUCUCAUUGGAUACACGCUCAACGACGACGGUGAAGUUGUCGACGAGGAUGGCGAUGCCAUUGGCCGUGUUGACCUCAUCCCCGUCGAGGAGCAGAAGAAGGCCACCAAGGAGGCUACUGGCGAUGUCACCGACAAAGUUUAUGACGCCAAGGACGAUCUUGGGGAUCAGUACGAAGAUGCCCAGGAUGGUCUGCCUACUGAUCAAGCCAAGAGCGCCACCCCCGUUGUUGACGAAGAAGUCGACGCGGCCAAGUCUACUGCCGAUGAUGCCGUUUCCGAGGCCGAAGACGCUGGUUCUGACGUCGGAGACGUUAAUGCCGUUGAUGUCCCAGUCGCCGACGAUGCCAAGAAGGCCGUUGAUGGCACUGUGGACGACGCCAAGAACACCGCCGAAGAGACAGCCCAAGACGCAGCUGAGAAUUGGCAGCAGCGCCUGCCCGAUCUCUCAACUCUCGAAGGUCUUAGAUGCAACAAGCGCGGCUACAUCAUCAACCAAGAGACCGGCCAGCCAGUCGGCGAACUCACCGAAGGCGACCCCAAGAAGAUAGCCAAGCUCGGUGCCACCCUCGACGACAAGGGACAAUUUUGGGACAACCGCGGCAACUUAAUCGGAAAGGCCAAGACACUCCCCAUUGAAGACGACGAAGAUGACAAAGGACCUUUCUCCGGCCUUGAGGGCCUUGUCGUCGGCAAAGACGGCUUCAUUGAAGAUGAGAACUUUAACUGCGUCGGACGCCUGGUCGAAAGCGACGCGAAGAAACUUAGUGGCCGCGGCGUCGAUGAGGAUGGUGAUAUCCUUGAUCGCAAGGGUAACGUCAUUGGCCGAGCUGAGCUUCUCGAGCCCGAAGAAGAGCUUGAGGAGGCUGGAUCUGAUGUCUUUGCUGUUAAUGGUCUUUCUUGUAAUAAGGCUGGAUUUGUUAUUGGACUUGAUGGAUACCCCAUUGCCUGUGUGGUUGAGGAUAAUCCCAAGAAACUUGCUAGCAAGAAGAUUGAGGAUGGUGACAUCUACAACGGCAAGAAGGUCGUUAGUCGCAUUGAGCUCAUUCCUGAUGAUGAGCUUGAUAGUCGACCUGAAGGUGUCUUCGCUGGCAUAGAAAGUCUCUAUGUUACCAAGGAUAGAUUUAUUGAAAAUAAUGAAGGGUUUAUUGUUGGUGAGCUUAUUGAGGGAGAUGCAAAGAAGCUUUGUGGACGUGCCGUUGAUGAGGAUGGCGAGAUCACUGAUAAGUAUGGUAACGUUAAGGGUCGUGUUGAGUCUUAUGAAGUACCCGAGGAAGAAAAGGAGGUCCCAGAGAUGGAUCUUUCUAUCCUUGAAGGCAAGAUUGUUAAUAAAACUGGUAAUGUCGUUAAUAUAGCUACUGAUGCUGUCGUCGGUCGUAUUGUUGAAGGCGACAAGCGCCUUGUUGGUCGCAAGGUUGACGGACCUUUUUAUGGCUUCGGUAAUGUAACCAUUGGAAAGGAUGGCGUCGUUCAGGAUAGUGAGAAGAUUAUUGAUUGUCUGAUCGAAGGCGACGCUAAGAGUCUUUUCGGUCGCAAGGUUGACGAGGACGGCGAUGUUGUCGACAAGAACGAAAACACUAUCGGCAAGGCUGAGCGCUGGGAGCCCAAAGAGAAGAAGCGCUAUAUUAGCUCUAUGUCUGGUUGUAAAGUUAAUAAGGAGGGUGAAGUUCGCGAUGUGGACAGUAAUCUUAUUGGCAAGCUGACUGAUGGCAAUCUGGCGACUCUUGUUGGCAAGGUUAUCGACGACAACGGUUAUAUUGUCGACAAUGAAGGCAACAAGAUUGGCGAGUGUAUCUUGUUUGAAAAUAUCUCUGAACCUGAGCCGGAGCUAGAAGUCGAAGAAGAAGGGCCUACCUUGAAGAUUUGCAAGCAAAUCAUAGAUGAUGAGCUUGACGAAGAAAAGCUCGUGCAAAAAGUCAAGCCACUCCUUGAGGAAGGCGGCCGCAUCCUGCAAGAGUGCAAUGGGUCAAUACGUGCCCUCGAUCCUGAUGGACGUAUCGCUGCGACCGUCAAGGCACGCGCUGCUUCUCGUGAUGCCACACCCGAGGAAUACCAGCUUGCGGACAAGCUCAAGGAGCUUACUGAGACGGUAGUCAAGACUAUUGAUAACGGCAAGAAGCGCAUUGCUGUUAUGCCUCACGCUAAGAAGAAGUUGAACCCCCUUUGGGCAUUGCUCUCUGAGCCUUUGUUCCAGAUCAUCGCUGCUGUAGGACUACUGUUGACUGGUGUGCUUGGACUUGUUGGCCGUCUUCUUGGCGGCCUUGGUCUCGGUGGAUUGUUGAAUGGUCUGCUUGGUAGCCUUGCAUUGGACAAAUUGAUCAAUGGACUUGGUCUGGGCAGUUUGACUGAUGCCCUUGGACUUGGAAAGAAAUAA